AUCUCACUCCCAUUAACAGCAGCGCCAGAAGAAAGAAGAGUUUGGGCCUCCACAGAGAACCACCAACAGCCCCAAUUUCUUCUUCUUCUCCGUUCGUCUCUCUACAAGCUUCAAAUCUUUACCAUAUUCAGCUGCAAUGGCUGGUCCUACAAUUCUGAUUUGUAUGCUUAUACUCCCCCAUUUGUUUAUAUCAGGUUCAAUGGCCGCAACGUUUACAAUGAUAAACAAAUGCGACUACACGGUAUGGCCUGGCAUUCUUUCGAACGCAGGUAUAGCUCCAAUUUCCCCAACCGGUUUCGCGUUACAGAAAGGCGAAACAAAGGCAAUUACCGCACCGAGCUCCUGGGGCGGACGAUUUUGGGGUCGAACACAUUGCACAGAAGACUCCACCGGCAAAUUUUCAUGCGUCACUGGUGAUUGCGGGUCCGGAAAGAUUGAAUGCUCCGGCAGUGGUGCUGCUCCACCGGCGACGCUGGCGGAGUUCACUCUUGAUGGCUACGGCGGGCUUGAUUUCUUCGAUGUGAGCCUUGUUGAUGGUUACAAUUUGCCUAUGAUGGUUGUACCUUCGGGCGGAACCGGAGACAAUUGUACAAGCACGGGAUGCGUGGCCGAUUUGAACGAGUCGUGCCCGUCGGAACUCCGAGUAACAAGCUCGGCGAGUGGAAGCAGUGUCGCUUGUAAAAGCGCUUGUGAAGCGUUACAGCUGCCGCAGUACUGCUGCAGUGGUGCGUAUGGUUCACCUACCACUUGUAAGCCGUCUUCGUAUUCUGAGAUUUUCAAGAACGCGUGUCCACGCGCGUACAGCUAUGCUUAUGAUGACAAGACCAGCACCUUCACAUGCGCUUCCGCACCUGACUACACCAUCACGUUCUGCCCAAUUCCUAACACCAGCCAAAAAUCUUCACAAGGCCAGAACACGAGCAGUGGAACCGGGAAUACAGAGGACACUCCAACGGACAGCACAAUGGUAUACGAAGGUGGCUUGAACGUGAAUGGUGCAUCACCGUCCACGUGGACCCACGUGUUGGGAUCACAUGCGAUUGCCGUUUUCGUAAGCAUCAUAGUGUCUAGUUGGCAGUGGUGGUAACUUUUCUGACUUCGAUCGAUAGCUUUCUCAAUCAUACGAUGGGGGAAGGCGGGGCCCAUAGCCUGUCUUACAAACAAAAUGGAGACACGUACACGUUGGUCCACAAAUGAAGGUGUGGGCCUGUGGGGUCCAUUGGGGGAUGGGAUUAUUUAAAUUAUUAUUUAUUUAUUAUAUUUAUAAUAAUGUAACAAACACAUUUGGUGAGAAGGAAAUGGAAUUUAGCUAGCCUGUUAUUUUUUGUCUGCAA